GCAGCACUGUGGUAGAUAUUCUUGCGAGUAGUGGCAAUGUCACCCUCACACUUUUCCUUGUACUGCCAUUAAUCCCAAUUUGUCCUUAUUUAUCUGUUUACCCUCUCUUUCUCUCUCCUCGGCCGGGCCCUUUUUUUUCUUUGCAACAUACACCACCACAAUAUUCUUCAACACUCUCACCUCCUCUCAUUCAAUACUGUCUCUCAGCCUUUUUUUUUCAUAGUGUGUGCGGCCGAUCUAUGCACCUCACCUUUCCCUUGCUGCAGUUGGAGGAAGUGUGCUGCAGGUGGAAGAAGAGAGGGGAGAAGCUGGUUCCCCUCUCCAUAUCUCUCCUCCCCAGCUCCCUCCCCCUCUCAUAGAUCGAUCACACAGCCUGCAGGCACAGACAAGAGUUAGGCUGUUCUACCUGAUCAUAUGACCCUCCAGCAAUUCUCUCAUCCACACACAAACUGAAGCAAGAAUUAUUGCUUAUCUAUAUCCUGUCUGUCCUUUCCUCUAUUUCCCCCCUCCCCUUUCUAUUUCCAUUGUGCAGCUUGUUAUUAGUAGAUAGCAGUGGAUCGAUGUGUGAUGGAGGAAACAAGCUAGCUAGCUAGCUACCAGCUGAAGCAGCAGGGAGAAGAAGGAUAGAGAGAGAGAGAGAGAGAGAAAACAUCUUCUUCAUCCAUAGUCUCGGCCUUUCUUCACCAGGUCGUCUGCAGAUCUGUCUCCUGUGACCUUCCAGAGGCCAAGCUAGGCCAGGAAGGAAAAAUGGCGUCCCCGUCGAGCACCAGCAACAACUCGGCCUUCUCCCCUGUGGCGGCGUCGGCCGGGACGACGAUGCCUGGUGCCGGGGCGCCGUGCGCGGCGUGCAAGUUCCUGCGGCGCAAGUGCCUGCCGGGGUGCGUGUUCGCGCCCUACUUCCCGCCGGAGGAGCCGCAGAAGUUCGCCAACGUGCACAAGGUGUUCGGCGCCAGCAACGUGACCAAGCUGCUGAACGAGCUGCUGCCGCACCAGCGGGAGGACGCCGUGAGCUCGCUCGCCUACGAGGCCGAGGCGCGCGUCAAGGACCCCGUCUACGGCUGCGUCGGCGCCAUCUCCGUGCUGCAGCGCCAGGUCCACCGCCUCCAGAAGGAGCUGGACGCCGCGCACGCCGAGCUCCUCCGCUACGCCUGCGGCGACGUCGCCGCCGGCAUCCCCACCGCGCUCCCCGUCGUCAGCGCCGCCCCCAGGCUCUCCACGGCGCCAAUGACGACGACGAGCCCCGGCCAGUUCGCCGCCGGCAUGUACGGCAGCGGCAGGAGGCUUGGGGUCGUCGACGGACUAGCAGCGCCACCGCUGCCUCCGUCGGGCGGCGGCGGCGGCUGCUACUUCAUGCGGAACCACCACAACAACGUCGUCAUUAGUAGCUCCCCAGGCGCUGACGUGGCGCCCGUCCUGCCUUACGCUUCCGUGGCUAAUUGGGCGGUGAAUGCCAUCAGCGCGUCGACGACCACCACCUCCGGAUCAGAGAGCAUUGGGUUGGAUCACAAGGAAGGGGGAGACAGCAGCAUGUGAAGUGAAGGGGAAGCGCUGCGCUGCCGUGAAUGAUGUGGAGGCGACGACAUGGAUUUGAGCCCUUUGACCUUAAUGAGCUGUGGGAUCGGACGGCGGAGUCGGUGAAGGAAGGAAGGAAGGAAGCUUCAGGGGGGGGGGGGAGACGAUGUCAUGGGAGCCCAAUCGAUCUCAGCAGGUUGAUUAAGAGCUAAGGAGCAAUCUAUCUAUCUAUCUAUCUACCUACCUUUCGCUAUAUAUAUCUAUAUAGCCGACAUGAAUUAUAUAUAUCGACUGCAUCUAUCCCCUUUCUGCAUGUUGUGCAAACCAAUACUUUGGAGUACUAAAUGUAAUCGAGCCGAGAUCUUGAUCUCUCUUCUUUUCAUGAUUAAUUCUUCGUUCUCGCA